GGUUCCAGAUGAGGUUAAUAAUGAAAACUGGCCUCCGCGUCUCUAUUGCUGCUGAAUAACACAAGAUGACUCUCCUGAGCUGUUGUUUUUGGCUGAAUUCUUUCUUUGACUUUCACUGAUGCACUUUGGGGAGAGUGGAUGUGAUUAGUCAUGUAUGUUCUUACUGAAGUACAGGAUGAGAUAUCCAGACUGAGGUGCAUUGGGCACAAGAUUGGAACUGAGACACUAUGGAGCAGUACACAGCAAACAGCAACAGUUCCACAGAACAGAUCGUUGUGCAAGCUGGACAGAUUCAGCAGCAGCAGCAGGGUGGUGUCACUGCUGUCCAGUUGCAGACAGAGGCCCAGGUGGCAACCGCCUCAGGCCAGCAAGUCCAGACCCUCCAGGUAGUCCAGGGUCAGCCAUUAAUGGUACAAGUAAGCGGAGGUCAGCUGAUCACAUCUACUGGCCAGCCAAUCAUGGUGCAAGCUGUGCCUGGGGGUCAGGGUCAGACCAUCAUGCAAGUCCCAGUUUCUGGAUCGCAAGGAUUGCAGCAGAUUCAGUUGGUCCAGCCAGGCCAGAUUCAGAUUCAAGGUGGCCAGGCUGUGCAGGUACAGGGUCAGCAGGGCCAGACCCAACAGAUCAUUAUUCAGCAGCCACAGACUGCGGUUACCGCUGGCCAGACACAGACCCAGCAGCAGAUAGCAGUUCAAGGGCAGCAGGUGGCACAGACAGCAGAAGGCCAGACCAUUGUCUAUCAGCCUGUUAAUGCUGAUGGAACCAUUCUUCAACAAGUUACAGUCCCUGUUACAGGCAUGAUCACCAUCCCAGCAGCCAGUUUGGCAGGAGCACAAAUUGUCCAGGCAGGAGCCAACACCAAUACAACUAGCAGUGGGCAAGGGACUGUAACUGUGACGCUACCAGUUGCUGGAAAUGUGGUCAAUUCAGGUGGAAUGGUUAUGAUGGUACCAGGGGCUGGAUCAGUACCAGCUAUUCAGAGGAUUCCAUUGCCAGGGGCAGAGAUGCUUGAAGAGGAGCCCCUCUAUGUAAAUGCCAAGCAGUACCACCGAAUCCUGAAGAGGAGGCAGGCACGAGCCAAGCUGGAAGCUGAGGGGAAAAUCCCCAAAGAGAGGAGGAAAUACUUGCAUGAGUCUAGACAUCGUCAUGCCAUGGCUAGGAAACGGGGAGAAGGUGGGCGUUUUUUCUCACCGAAGGAAAAGGAUAUGCAGGAUCCAACUCAGGCAAAUGAAGAAGCAAUGACACAAAUGAUCAGAGUAUCCUAACCACUGUCCGAAGGAAAAAGUAACUGAACAAGUUUCCUGUCCCUCUGCAAGCGUGUCCUAUCUUACCAGUGUAUCAAGCAAACCUUCCAAUGGGACAAUGGACAAUCACCAUAUCUUAGCCUACCCUUUUCUAUACAACAAAAACCACCUUUCCAGUAAGUGGUUUGUUUGAGAUUUUAACUGCAGUGGACUCAGCAAAUAGAAAUUGUAGGGACCUUCUUGGUAUACCCGUGUAAUUCAAUGCAGGGGUUUGAAAGUCUGACAACUCAUGCCUUUUACAUUUCUUGAAUUAAGGUUGGCCAACUGACACAGUGAUUAGCAAUAACUUUGGCAUGCUGAAGCAGGGCUAACAGACCAUAGAGAGCCAUGGCCCUUCUGCGGAGGAGUAAUCCAGUUUGUAGCAACCAGAGCUAACAUGGCUACACCACAGUGCUUUGUUUUCCCAGUGGAGUUUUGUUGUUUAUAGCCAGUCCUCACAGCUUUGGACUUCAUUUAUUGACAGCUGAACUGUUCACUUGUAGUUGCAUUUGCCCUUCUGGAACUGUGUAAGAGAACAGAAAGAGGUUCUCUAAGCUCCAUCCUGUAAAAGUAAACAGCAAGCUCGUUCUGGGAAAAGUUCAACCAUCUUGUCAAGUUGUUGUGAAUAUUGCAAGACCUUUACAAGAAUUGAAAUAUUGUAUAUCUGUUCCAAGGAGUAAGAUGGGAGUGGCUCAUUGACACAGAGCUCAGAGUUAAGUAGGGAAAACAACCUUGGCGCUGGUGGCAUGUUGCUAGCAAUGGAUGCAUUGAAAGGAGAAAUCCAGCUGCUGGGAUAAAAAUGAUAAAAAAGUUUGAGAUUCUCUUCUAAAAGAAGUGCAGUGUCUGUUUUUACUCUGCCAGUGCAGAACUUGGUUGCUCCAAAAGAGAUGAAAUCUGGAACCUCAGAAUGGAGGGAUUGACUAUCUCCCAGUGUGGCUGUCUGAGUGUGUUUUAAAUUGCAGAUGGUUCUGUACAGAGCUUUGACCUUAUUCAGGGCGAAGGAUGGCUGCAUCACAACUGGAGCAGAGGCCAGCUCAAUUUGGUGCAUCCUGGUCUAGCUCAAAGACUAUUUAUGUAGUGAGGGCAAACGUUGAUAAUCCCUUCAAGCUUUUUAUGAAAUGUCCUCUCUUAUAAACAUGGCACUUAGAGAAUGAAGGAGGAACGUUUGCUUUUUUUUUUUAGUUCCCUUUUUUUGUGACGACUUUAUGUGGGCAUCUGUUAAAUACCUUGUGAUUAGCCACUAUCGGAUUUUGAACUUGGUCCGUCAUCCUGGCUUUGAAAUUUGGCAAUGGGAUCUGAGGUUUCUAUAGCCUUUUAGCAAGUCAUAUUUAGUUACCUAUUUCCACCCUUACCUCAUCCGCACUUAAGCUGAUCCCCUUUACACAUCUAAGGUGCUGCUGCUGUUUCCAAUUUUUGCUGCUCUGUGUUUUAAAUCUUAAGACUCUAUUGGGUCACCAGAAUUAAGUGUGAUGGGUGAGCCUGAAUGAUGAAAGCAGUGGAGAGGAGAGUCUUCAUGGGUGAAGUAGUGAAGAAGGUGAUUUGGAAAGGCUAGUUACAUUUUAG